AGCUCAUCAAGUAUGUUUGUUUAUACCAUUAAUUAAAGCAAAAUAUUAGAUGCUUGCUCGCAGAAGAGCCGAUGUUUCACAGACAUGAUUCUUGUAAUCUUUCUAACCGUUUGCAGUUUUACAUCCGCUAUCGUUUUAAAAGAUAACGGCUACGAGGACGUAAAUAUUGUUAUACAAGAUUCCGUGGAGCCGAACUGGACAUUAAUUGAACGAAUAAAGAAAGUUUUCACCGAUGCCUCUCGACGUCUUUUUGAAGCAACAGAAAAUCGGGUAUAUUAUAGAAGAAUAAACAUCAUUCUGCCGAAAACAUGGACCGUUAAAGGAGAAAAUAAUUUCAAAGUCCAAUCGUUGUUAGUAAAAGGUUAUGUUACGGUAGAGGAAGGGAUAUUAAAACAACCACAUGUUAGACAACAGGGAUGUGGCGAAGAGGGACAGUAUAUGUAUUUGACGCCGUCGUUCUUGCUGAAGAAUGGAUCUACCAUAUAUGGAAAACACGAGUCUGUUAUUGUUCAUGAAUGGGGCCACCUAAGAUGGGGACUGUUUGAUGAAUACGCGCAGCAAGAUCAUACACGGUUUUACCAGCACGACGGAAAGUGGGAACCAACUAGAUGUACAGCAAAAGUCGAAGGGAGAGUAGGCUUUGGUUUUCGUUGUGGCGAUUCGCAGAGCCUUAAAUACUGUGACGUUAACAACGCUUCAAGGAGCAUGUUUGGGAAAUGCAGGUUUUGCCCGAGCAUUUCACAGAGCGCCAACACAUCUAUCAUGAGUUUUCAGUUGGUCCAAUCGAUAGCCAUGUUUUGUGACAAAGACGAACCGGCAACCCCUGAAUGGCAACGACAUAACCGACGGGCUCCGACGAUGCAGAAUAAGAUGUGUAAAGGGAAAAGUGCUUGGGAGGUUAUGCGAGAACACGAAGAUUUUUCCAACGGAGCAAGCCCUGUCCUAACAGAAGACACUGACACAUCGCCGGAGUUUGUUAUAAUUCAAGAAGCAGAAGCAAAAAGAGUGCUUGUCCUCGACAUAUCUAGUAGCAUGAACGGAGAGUCGAGGAUCGAACACCUACAUGAUGCGGGCGUAUAUGUGUUGCAAGAAGUAUUGAGGAAUGGAAGUUGGCUCGGAAUUGUUUGGUUUAGCCGCUCAGCAACACAGAAAAACGAGAUUGUUCAAAUAACUGAUGAUUCUGUACGUGAGAAAUUGAUUCAAAAAUUACCGUCCAACGGUCGUGGCGGUACUUGCAUCGGAUGCGGUAUUAGUUUAGCAAUUCAGAUGCUUGAAGCCACAUUUACAUCGAUGAAAGGAUGUGAAAUCAUAUUGAUGUCCGAUGGUAAAGACGGAAAUGCAAACCAACUUACAACCGCAACACAAAAAGCGAUUUCAAAUGGCGUAGUAAUAACUGCAGUGUCCAUCUCCCAAGCGGCAGAUCCAAGGAUGAUAAACAUUGCAUCGGAUACAGGUGGAAAGCACUUCACUUACCUUGAUCGAGGCCGCAUCAGUUUUGCCGCCGUCUUUUCAGAAGCCGUCUCAGGUCUUGUUACUGAGACGGAUAACCAAGCUCUGACGAUUUUGUCAGAAAGUCUACGAGUUCCAUCGGACCGACUCCAUUUCACUUUCCAAAUUGAAACUGGCCUGGGAGAAAGUACAUCCAUAUCUGUUUUAACAUCAUUGAAUGUGAUAUUGAACAUGACGUUUGUGGGAACAGAAUCCUAUUUCGAAUAUUCGAACGUCGGCAAAUCUUUAACAUGGACAGUGGAACAUUUGAAGCCUGGGGAAUACAUUGUCACAGUGAUUUCCUCCAAUCACCAUACGUGGGAUUACAUUGUUAAAUCAUUACCUUCGGAGCCGCAUCCUAUACUAGUGACAUCACGGUUGUCGACAACAAAAUUUGACUUCUCUCUUCAAUCAGCGGAUCUACCUGUAUUGUAUGUGGAUGUAACGAAAGGAAAAGCGCCAGUCGUAGGCGCCAUUAUAGAGGCACACGUUGAAGCUAGUUCCAAUUUAUGCACGUUAUCGCCAAAGGAUAAUGGUCAAGAUCCCGACUCGUUGGAAUCAGAUGGCAUCUAUUCCGUUUAUUUGUUACCGAAAUGUUUAACAAAUGGACGACUGAAUAUUCGAGUCACUGUCAAUGGCCAGGCGAACAACACCUAUGCCAUAAAAUUUAUUAACGGCGCAUUGUCCGAAGACGAAAAUGAAGCGGGCCCGGAAGUUAUUUCCGAAGGUUUUCAGCGUUUUUCACUUCCAGAACCGAUCUUCGUCGAAAGCUUUUCAUCAAGUACAUCGGAUAUUGUUGCUCCAGGGCAAAUAACGGAUGUCAACAUUUUGAACAUUGUAACAGUAAUGACUUCAAAGGGUGAACGCAGAAAUUUUACGAUUUCAUGGACAGCAACCGGAAAUGAUAUGAAUAUUGGCCAGGCAUCCUCUUAUGAAAUUCGAUACGCAGAUGACAUUGACACAAUUGUUGACAACUUUUCCUCGGCUAAAACGCUCGACAUAGGUAACGUUAGUCUUACUCCGAAACAGUCGGGUAUGACGGAGACUAUUGUUAUCUCCGUAAACGCCGAGGAAACCUACGUUGACACGGCUUACCUCGGAAUAGCAGCAGUUGAUGAGGCUGGAAACCAGGGGAAAGUUUCCAACAUAGUGUCUGUCGUUGUGGCAAAAGGGUUUCGUAUGAGCUUCGAGGGGGAAACUAAUUACACGGAAACUGAAGACGAAAUCAUUACGGCUCCAGUUACGACUACAUCACGAUCAAACGUUGAUGAUAAUCACAUUGGGCUGAUUGUUGGCGUUAGCGCCGGUGUUGUUAUUGGAAUGGUUGUUAUUGGGCUCAUACUGUUUCUCGUAUUGAGAAAACGACGCGAGCAAUCUAGUAAAGAAGCUAGUGGGAUGGGCCAAACUUCACCCCAUGAACAUGUGAACGUCAGCUUCGUGGCAUAGAUACAUAAAUACUUUCAUUGAAUAUGCCAUUGAGGGAUAGUUGUUCUGUGUUUGUUUUAAACAUUUUAUGCGACAAUGCAAUUCAAGUUUAGAUACUAAUAAUGGCUGUAACCGUUAUGUGAUACCAAUCUAAGAUAAUAUACGUACAUAAAUGACAAAAAACCACUAAAGUCAUUGUAGGUAAACUUAUGAAAGCAAGCAAAGUUUUAAUAUUUGUUUUAAUUUGUGGAAAUAUAUAUAUAUAUAUAUAUAUAUAUAUAUAUAUAUAGCCAAUAUAUAUAGCCAAUAUAUAUAGCCAAUAGCGACACCUCUAGCUGAUAAUCCACGCCUAUGUACUUCUACAUGAUGCAUGCUAUCACAGUAGUUUAGUUUUCAAUGACUGUUCUAUAGUACUAGUAAUAAACCGUAAAACUGUU